AUGUCUUCCGCACCACUCUUCCAACCUACGACUCUCGGCGCUGGCAUUCAACUCCAGCAUAGAGUCGUACUAUCUCCCUUAACCCGUCUUCGAACGGACGAAAACCAGGUCCCGCUGCUUCCGCUCGUAAAGGAAUACUACACGCAGCGUGCUUCGACGGUUGGCACAUUGCUCAUCACUGAGUCGACCUUCGUCGCUGCUAAGGCAGGCGGGUACCCUUACAUGCCAGGAAUAUGGAACCAAAACCAAAUCAACGCCUGGAAAGAGAUCGUCGAUUCCGUCCAUGCAAAAGGAUCUUUCAUAUUCCUUCAACUCCUUGCUCUCGGCCGUGGCGCAAUGCCCGCUGUUCUCCGCGCUAUCGACCCCAGCUUUCCUUAUGUUGGCGCAUCCGACAUUCCAGUUGACCCCAGCGCAGAAGAGCGACCCCGUCCGUUGACCAUUGCCGAAACUGCGGAGUAUGUCGAGCUAUAUAAGCAGGCCACGAAGAAUGCAGUAGAGGCUGGGUUUGAUGGGAUAGAGAUCCACAAUGCCAAUGGCUGCUUAUUGGACCAGUUCAUACAGGAUGUUUCCAACAACCGCACCGACGACUAUGGCGGGAGUAUUGAAAACCGCUCGCGCAUGACACUGGAGGUGGUCAAAGCCGUUGCGGAAAUUAUUGGUGAAGAACGAGUCUCGAUUCGUUUCUCACCAUGGAGUCCCUUUGCUGGAAUGGGCAUGAAGGACCCGGUGCCGACCUUCUCGUAUAUCCUCGAGCAGCUCAAGAGUCGCCAUCCUCGUCUGGCUUACAUCCAUCUCAUCGAGCCCCGCAUUGCUGCCAACGAAUCUCUCGAGCUCACCGAAGACAAUGCUUCUCAAUCUAACGAGCAUUUCCACAAGAUAUGGGCAGGAGACGGCACAAGAAAGAUCAUCCGAACUGGCGGGUUUACGCGCCAAAGCGCGCUGGAGUUUUCUGAGCGCAACCCCAAUAACGGACUAGUUGCCUUCGGGAGGCAGUUCAUCGCCAACCCUGACUUGCCCCUGCGACUGAAGCACGACGUUGCACUGAACCCAUAUGAUCGCGCGACAUUCUACCUGCCAGGCAACGAGCCGCGGGGAUAUACGGACCAGCCAUUUGCGAAGGAACUUGACUCGCUGAGGGGUUAA